AUGGUGCAGGUCCUGGAGCCAUUAGUCAAGGCAGCCAUCUACUCACCAUUUUGGGCCACACUUCCACACAAUGACAUCUUUUCAUGUAUCACCCCCAACAUUCUACAUCAGCUGCACAAAGGGGUUUUGAAGGAUCACAUUGUUAGCUGGUGCUCGGAUAUCAUAGGCAAGGAAGAACUUGAUGCACGUGAACAUAACCAAUGGACGGGUGCAGACUAUCAAGAGCUGCAGCAUGUUUUUCUCCAUGUGAUUGCUGGCGUGGUGGACCACAAAGUUCUGACAGCAUAUCGGAUGCACAUGGAUGACACACUUUCCCAUAUGCACGCUGCCCUCACCUCAUUCCAUGCAAAUAAGAACAUCUUCAUUGAACUUGGGGUGCAGGAGCACUUCAACAUUCCGAAAAUUCACUUGAUGAUCCAUUACAUUGACGCCAUUCACUUUCUCAGCAGUGUGAAUGGUUUCAAUACUGAACUUUCUGAAUGGCUACACAUUGAUUUUGCCAAGCAGACAUACUUCAUCCAAAUGACUACCUGGCUGUGA